AUGGCAGUUUUCACGUCAGCAAAGUCGUCAACAAGCAAUAACCGAGCAGCUGUCGAGAAGGCACGCAGCAUGGUGCUUACCACUACCAACGCGGGCUUCUUAAGCAUGACCUUAAACAUGCUGGAAAGCAUCAGGAGAUUCAAAACUGCAUCUUUUCCCAACGUGACCGUUAUCACCGAAGAUCAGCAAUCUUAUGACUACUUGGCCAAGAAGACGGAAAUCUACCCAUUCCUGAUUGUCCAGAAGACUAAUGGGGAACUGACUACCUCCCAAAGACUUUUGGUGGGCAGGAGCAAUUACAAUCAAUUCGUCCGAAGACGUCCGCGUUAUAUUUUACAGUUUCUCGAGUCGGGCUUUGAGGUGCUCUUUGCCGAUGCCGAUACCUUUUGGGUUAGAGAUCCCUUCAAAGAUUUCGAGGGUGACUUUGAUAUUGCCGCACAUAACGAGGUCGAUCCUCCAAGGAAACCCGUAUUUUGCGACGGUUUUACUUACUAUCGUCCAACAGAAAACACAUUUCGUCUGAUACAGAUUAGUUAA